CUAAUGACACCGAAAGAGAUGCUGACAUCCCUUCCACUGUCCUCACACAUGUGGAACAAGUGGCACCAAUAACACCUAUCACCCCAGCUGUGCCAGGGCCAGCUGUGCCCAGGCAAGGUGUGCCCACUCCUAUGCAACCAGGAGCAAACCAGCUCAAUGACAGGAACCACAACGGAGCAGGAGCUCGACCAGAGACCAAUGGGACGCUACCGGGCAUACCAGGUAACAAUGGGAGGCCAUAUGGCAUGUCUGGAUUGAGUCAACCAUCAGGAAGCACCACACCAUACCACAUAUCUCCCUAUGCAUACACUGGGCCUCUGAGGUUCCUGUGCGCCACUGAUGCCCGUGCAGAUGUGUUUGUGGACAGCUUUAUGUUCUGGAUGGAUACGGUGGAGAUGGUGAGAGUGGCAGGACAUCCUCUGGUCUACUACUCAGGCUGGGUGUUUCCCAUCUAUAUCUUCAGCUACCUAUCAUGCUUGCGUGUGGUGGUCAUGCCCCACAGCCCCCUGCUUUCCUCCCUAGGAGUAGCCCUGCAGGAUUUACCCUUCUUCUUUGUGCGCGUUGGCCUCAUUGCCUUCUUCGGCUUUGUUACGCCCAUCCUCUAUCUGAUGAAGAACUUGUUGGUCUCGCUGGCCUUCAUCUACUUCAACUUUAUGACCAAGUUGAAGGUCUUCAACACAGAGAGGAUGUUUUUUUGAGACCAGCA